AUGUCCGCUAGAAAUGUCCACACUUUGCAAGAAUUGAUAAGUCAAACUGAAAGCACAGAAGAUGAGGACAUCAUUCUUGAUUUGUACAAUGAUCCGAGAGUGAAAUGGUUCAGGGACCGUAUCCUUGCGUUCAUCGGUAUGGAUGACGAAGAACUCUUCUACAACAUGUUGGACUAUGAAGAUGCUAAGCAGAAGUUUAUUAACUUCUUAAUGUCUUCUAUCAAGUUUGGUGAAAUAUCCCUGGACAAGAGAAUGCUGUAUGUAUCUAAAGUGAUUGUCGACAAGUUGAUUCAUGAAGAUAAAGAAUUUACUGAGUGGAGAAUCUUACCACCAGUGGUUGCGGACACUCAACCCCAAAAGGGGGGUAAAAAAGGUAAAGGAAAAGGCAAAGAAGCAAAGAAGCCGGAUACUGAGGAUGGCAAAUCAGCAAAAGGCAAAAACGUAAAGGGCGUCAAAAGCGCAAAAUCUAAAAUAGAUGAAAUACUUCCUUCGACUGGUGAGGCGGAUGUAGAGACUGCAGCAGGAGCUAUAGGGGCUGGUGAUGAAGAUGACAGGUUGACGAAAGAAGAUGAUGGAGCUACUGCAGCCAAUGACGACAAAUACUAUUUCCCUCCACCGCCAGAAAAUCUGGAUCCUGAUAUCGAUGGAACUUUGGAAUUCUAUACUGUUGUUAGAUCAGUACCCCGCGUGAUUAAAUAUCCAAAAUUGAUCCCAAUAUUUGGUGAGCUGACUCCCCAACUAGCGCACCGCAAUCGCCGAUACCUCUACUUCCUAAGACAGACGCAAGAUCCCAUACCACUCAGUGCCAAGGAAAUGUACACCACAUUGAAGAUGCCUGAUUACUUCCUCACUGGAGUCUUCACUGGAAAAGUGCUUAUGAGUCUUGGUGUGCAUUUGAAAGAGGCUACGAUCCCAUUGUUCGAGAGACAGUUCCGCGAGAUCACAUUGAUGUCAGCUGAUUCUAACCACGCCGUGCUGUCUAGACAAGCAUCUUAUUCUGGAGCCCAUGAACAGAUUAUAGACGCUGGAUCACAGGUGAACUAUCUCCGGCCUUCAGAUUAUAGAAGAAUGUCUAACAUAGCUAGGGGAGAAAAUGCUGAAAAGAGAAUGAAGAACAUGCAUGCAUCACCAGACGUAUCAUUAAAUUGUUCCGUGGGCCGCUCUUUGAACCGAUCAAUAACCGAUAGUACAGGAUUCUCCAACGCGUCCUUCGGUGAUCUAGGCGCGCCUGAUACAAAUGAGAAAACUUCAGCUGAUGAAGUCAUCACAGACAUAAAGGAUCUAGUCGCUAUUGUCGAUUGGACUAUAGAACACAUAGAAGGUGAGAUCCAGCUUCCGAUGCCGAACAUACCGAUGUUGCACGAAGUCCACACUGUGGAGGUCGUUGACCCCGGGCUGGUGUCUCAACUAGAGGAAGCUGUAAUGAUGUGGCAACAUCACAUUGAUAGUACCAUUGCCGCUUGUUUGGGAAAGACUCGCGAAGGUGAUGGACCUGUAGCAGAAUACAAAUACUGGCGUGAACGAGACGCAGAGAUAUCCUUAUUAGUUGAGCAACUGAAACAACCUAUGGUGGUCAAAAUACUGAAUCUGUUGGAACGAGCUAAUUCUAAGUAUCUUGAGGAGUUCAAAAACUACAAGGAAAAAUUAGUUGACCAAUACAAUAUGGCGAGUGACAAUCUCAAGUUUCUGUCUACAUUGAUGCGAUUUUUUACUGUAAUAGAAGACGAAUCCACACUGCCGCAAGUGUUGGAGAUUCUCCCGGAAUUGAUGGAGAGUAUCUAUAUGAUGUGGGUGCUGUCCAAGGGGUACCGAACUGAUGAGACCAUGGUGCCUUUGCUGUCCAGGAUCUCAUGGGCCCUCAGUGAUAAGCUGGAGAACAUACUCAAUGUACACAAGUUGUUUGAUAAACCCAACGAAGAAGUACUGUCCCUAGCCCGCAAUUCCCAGAAAAUAAUGGAAUUGUGGCAUCAUUUAUAUCGGGAGACGCGGCGUAACAUUGAGAUCAGUGGCAAGGGCGCGCGCUGGGAGUUUGACCAGCCCCUACUGUUCACACAGACUGACUACAUCGGGACUGUCGCUAAGGAUCUCGGUGAUGUUGUACAGGUCCUAAUAGACUUCGAACGGAUAUUCGGUCUGGAGCUUAAAUCCAUCAUCAGUGACCCAACACAAAUAGAUGACGUGCGAAAACGCGUGAAGAACUUAGUCUUUCCAAUACGAACGAUCGACUUUAGCGUAUUCGUCUUCGACAAUAAGGAGAAUUGGGACGUUAUUAUGGCGGAUUUCUGGAACGAAGUCAAGUAUUUAGAAGAUGAAGCCAAGAACUAUAUUAAUCAGAGUUUUGGAAAUUUAAGAUCUUCAGAAGAAGCUCUCUCAGUUUUGCUUAAGUUCUUGGAGUUCGAUACUCGCGAGGCAAUACGUCAACAACUAUCUACAAAGUUUGACCUCGUCAUGAGGCAGUUCAUCAAGGAGAUUACUGCUAUUGAAGACAAGUUUACUCGUAAUCGUAAGAACCCGCCACUACUUCGCAACCAUCCGCCGGUCGCUGGCGCCAUCUAUUGGGCAAGGGCGCUCUUCAACAAGAUGAAACAACCAAUCAUGAAGUUUCAAAAGGUACCAGAACUGAACGACUGCGAACAGAAGAAGGAAGCGUUCAUGCAAUACAAGGCCUUUUCCAAAGUCAUCAAGGAGUAUGAAGAACAGAAGUACAGGGAGUGGGUGGGGCCGGCUGUACAGUUUGUAGAAAAUAUGAUGAAGAAGAAUGUCCUCAGAGUCGAGUUCAAGAAGGAACCUGUGGUAGCCACUACUACUGGUCGAGGUAUGGAGGUGACAGCCGCAGGAAAAGCUCACUUGGAACGUAAGAAAAAGGCUGCAGGGUCCAAUGUGUCCCUACAACCGGUUGAUGUCGUCAAUAAAGAGAUAGCUGAUAAACGAAGAAGAGAUAAAGCUUGUAAGUAA